GGAAGUGGGUUUAUUCCAGCGCUGGGCUCCCGGGUAGUCUCUGUGGCCUUCGACGGCCCUGUCGGCAGCCCGGAGAGCUUCGGGCGCCCCGGGACUGGCGGUGCUCCAUGGCUGAGCGAAGGAAGGGACGGACGUAAAGCGGCUGGAGCAGGAGAGCCUUCUAAUAUCGGGGUCGGAAUGGAGGCCGAUUAUCCCGCUUUUGAAAACCCGCUCUGCGGCGAGCUCAAGCACAUUUGCCAAAGGAUCAAAGAGACCUAUAAGGAGAUCAAAGAGGAUCUCACCCCUUACAAGGAUGAUCGUUACUACAGACUGGCUCCAAUGCGAUUAUAUACUCUGUCCAAGCGCCACUUCGUUUUGGUCUUUGUGGUAUUCUUCUUUUGUUUUGGUCUGACUGUCUUGAUAGGCAUUGCAGGUCCCGAUGUCAUUGAUUGCAUUCAAGAAACACCUCUGAUGAAUAAUGCUUCUAAGGUAAAGCUGUUUCAUUUAAGUUCGCCACCAGUAUCUACUUAUAAUCAACAGCUAUGGCUUACUUGUACAGUGCAUUUGGAACAACUUUAUGAUAACAAAUUGGAAGGCUUGAAAAUCAGCUUUAUUAUGUUGGUUACAAUACGUGGUGUACUAAAGAAUGGAAGUGUACGAUAUUAUAACAAAGAAAAUCAUAACCGGACAAGGACAUUCAACUGUGGUAAGCAAUGUGAUGAAAUUAUUGUGGUUCAUCUUGGUUAUUUGAAUUUCACUCGUUAUGAUAUCUCGGUUGCCUUUGAGAAGUUUCCUCAGUUCUACCACCUCAAGAAUUACAACUUCACGUGGAAAACUUAUAAACCAGCCUUCUCACAAGUGGAAAUCUGGUUCCGAUUUGUCUUUGUAGUUCUUACUUUCAUAGUCACAUGUCUCUUUGCUCACUCCCUGCGCAAGUUCUCCAUGCGAGAUUGGGGGAUAGAGCAGAAGUGGAUGUCAAUCCUCCUCCCUCUGCUAUUACUUUAUAAUGACCCAUUUUUCCCCCUCUCAUUCCUAAUCAAUAGCUGGUUUCCUGGAAUGCUAGAUGACCUCUUUCAGUCCUUGUUUUUGUGUGCAUUGCUGCUGUUCUGGCUCUGUGUCUACCAUGGGAUCAGAGUGCAGGGAGAAAGGAAAUGCAUGACCUUUUAUUUUCCCAAAUUCCUUAUUGUUGGUCUCCUGUGGCUGGCUUCUGUUACACUAGGCAUAUGGCAGACGGUCAAUGAACUCCACGAUCCAACAUACCAAUAUGAGAUUGACACAAAUAACUUUCAGGGGAUGAAAAUCUUCUUCCUUGUGGUGGCAACAGUAUACACUUUGUACCUUUUCUUUCUGAUAAUCAGGGCAUGCUCAGAGCUUCGGAAUAUGCCCUAUGUUGAUCUCAGGUUGAAAUUCUUGACUGCGCUGACAUUUGUAGUACUUGUCAUUAGCAUUGCUAUAUUUUAUCUGCGUUUUGGAGCACGGGUUCUCCAGGACAAUUUUGUGGCUGAGAUUUCAACCCAUUAUCAUAAUUCUGCAGAAUUCUUAUCGUUCUAUGGCUUAUUAAAUUUCUAUUUGUACACAUUAGCCUUUGUGUAUUCACCAUCAAAAAAUGCCCUGUAUGAAUCUCAGUUGAAAGACAAUCCUGCCUUUUCCAUGUUGAAUGACUCAGAUGAUGAUGUCAUCUAUGGGAGUGACUAUGAAGAAAUGCCACUUCAGAACGGCCAGGCUAUCAGAGCCAAAUUCAAAGAAGAAUCGGACAGCGAUUAAGUUUGCACAGGAACAGCCAGGAAUAUGGAACAAGAGUAAUUUUACUUUUCCUACAGUCAAGUGAGCCUUGCUUUGGUGGAAAUAUGUCCUUUUUUCCAGUCAUUUUUCUGUUUACAAAACUAAAAUGCAUGGGAGUGGGAAAUGAAUGUCUAGUAACAUUUAUUUUUAAGAAACUUGUGCUUUACCCUCCUCCCCUUGUAAAACUCAGCAACAAGAUGCAUUCAGGGAUGGAACAGUUGAAUCAGAUUAUUAAAUCAAAUAUGCUUUGGGGGAGUCUUAGCUUAUUAUGGAUUAAGAACUGAACGCUCCUGAUUUCCUAAUUGCUUCAUUACUAUUUACAUGGAGAUUAAUACCCUGCAUUUUAAAAAUGCCAAAGUAACUUGACAGUUGCACAUUGGAGCAUCAGGACAAUGCAACGCUCCCAACAUCUGUAGAUCCCAAACUUGGUUGGAGAUUGGGCUGGUCUCCUUGGCCCUUGAGAAAAGAGCAGAAUAUUAUUUCAGGGCUGCCUAGGUGACAACCCCCAGAACUCUAGUAGUAAUUCAACACAUACUUGUGACUUGAAUUCAUAAAACUGAGGUUUCUUCCUGUUAUUUCCUGUUGUGGACAAUUGCCACAGCAGCUCAUUCUUUCCAGUGUAAUUGUAUUGUUUUAGAAGACAAAACAGAUUGAGAGAAGGAUAUUUUGAAGCUGAUUUAUCUUAAAAUAAUGCUAACUUUCAGAUGCAUGGCAGUUUUGAAUUAAAAGCAAAAACUUGCACCUCAUCAGCUUCUACUGAUGCUUUUUUUUUUUUAAAGGGAACAUAUAAUUCAAUCACACAAUCCUCCUCCAGAAAAUUUUUCUGAAUAUUUUAAUAAAUUGGAUGUUAUUAAGUAGUACUGUAGUUUAAAAACAAAUACACAAUAAAUGUUGGUUAUUUAUGAUGGAUGACUACUUAAAUGAGCACUUGCCCAUUUUGUAACUUGCCAGGAUCCAAAAUGAUGCUUGAUUCGUUUUUAUUGGACGAACACUCUAUUGGUAAAGUAGAACUUUCAGAUUUUCACAGAAACAUUCAGAUUACAACACUUUGGAAGAAUUAUUUGGCAAGAUAAUACGGUCAUGUGACAUUCUCUUAGAAUGGCCUUUGCACUAGAAAAAUAAACUACUGAAUUUUAGCAGGCUACCUGGAAUGAUGAUACUGGUUAACAGAGCAUUAGAAAUACCUUUUAACUCUUACCCUUAAAUCUAAAUGGAUUCUGUGAAUUAAUUUCAUUGGAUUAACAUACUUUAUGGAAUCUGAAAAUUAAUCUUCCUCUUUCUCAAUCAUUCUAGUAACAAAGACUUGAUGCUCUUAUAUUAACCUGUGAAAUAAAACUGAGUGAUAUGUAAGAAUUAAAGCUCUGUUUAAAUUGCAGGUAAAACUGAAUGCAUUUCCGCUGGUCAUCCUUGAGGUUUGAUAAAUGUUCAUUUCUUGCUUUGUGGGUCUUGUUCUAACAUAGUUCAUGCUUUGGGAGCAACCUAGUUGUUAUUUAAUUCAUAGCCUCAAUUAGAAAGCAUUUCCCUUUGUGCUGAGGGAGAGAGUAUUCCCUGCCCCAUCACAUGUAGAUCUGGUGGUCCUUCAAUGCACGCAAGAAAUUAUAGUAAGGAGAUGCUUAAUAUGCAUGCAGGACUCUGGAUCCCAGCCAUAGCCAAGUAUGUGAUAAAAACUGAUAUAAUCCAAGGCUAUUAAUACACUGUAAAUGAUAGACUCCAUUAUUUUUGUAAGUACGCAAACACAGCACCUAAAAAGAUGAAGUGCAUUUUGCAGGUCAAAUGUUCCAGAUGUAUAAUUGUAUGAUCAGCUCAGUUUAAUACUGUGUAUCACUGUAAAUCCUUCCCCAUGUCUUUGGUGUUUUGUAUGUGAGGGGCUCAGCUUUCCUUUAUUGUAAAUGUUUUAAAUGUGCCAAGCUAUAGUAUAUAAUCUAAAGUGAUAAGACUACAUGCUUUCCUCUAAUUUUUGUACUGCUGACUCAUUGAUGACUCGUGAAAAGUUGUUGAUUUUUAAAGUAUAUAUUGUUCUAGGUGAUUUUUGGUUGCUUUUCUAAGGUUUGCACUCGUGUAAAAGGAUUUAAAAAAAACCCUGUUCCUCCCUCUGUAUUUCUGAUAUGCUGUGGAAGUUUCUCUAACCCCUCUGAGCACAUUUGAAGUUGGUGACAGAGAAACCUGCAAGUAGAUUCUGCCAGUGGUGUCUUGCUAACAAAUGGUAUUAGAUAUAACACUAAGGUUUCCAAGUUUUAUUUAAUGUGGUUCACAAGUUAUUUUUUUCCUAAAUUCAUUCAUCUUCCUCUAGAAUUGUAUAUUCAAUGCCCCUAAAAUUCAUUCAACCUUAGGUGGCUUUAGUUUUUAACUUGGUAAGUCAAAAACUAACGUUUUAGUUUUGUACUUGUAAGCUGAAUAUCAUUGCAGCUUGCCUGCACUAAUUCAAGCAAGUGAAAACAUCUAGCAAGCAUAGCAUUAUUUCCUAAACUUUUUGAUCCCUUUUCCCUUAUUUGCAAAAUGUUUGCCUGAACAUUGAUAUUUUUAGUAGAUAAUUAGAACUACCUAUCCUGGAUUUAUUACUUUAAGGAGGCAUUUGUCAGCAAGAAAAUCAAGCACUUUCUUAAACCUCUCCCACUAAAACAAUGAGAAAUUAGAAUUGGAUUACACCAUUGAUCUUGUCAAAUUUUCUAAACUGUAAACUUGUGUUCUUUAUGAGCUAAGAGUUUUCUGAUGAAUUUGCCUGGAUUAGUUUCUUUAAAUGGUUUAGUAAUUGCAUGGGAUGAAUUAGGCACUUGUCCCUCUCUUUUUGUUCUUAUUCUUGAAAAGAAAUGAGUCCAUCUGCAUUUGCUUUAAAACCUUUUGCAAGGAACAAGUGUAUUAUUGCCUUUUUUCAUAUGUACUGUGAUAUUUUUCAGCUUUAGAAAGCUCAAGAGGGAACUGACAGAACACACAAUAUAGCAUUUAACUGGGAAAAUCCAAUGGAGUGCCAUCACUCUUUCUUGUAUCUCAUGCCUUACUGGCAAUUGAGAUUAUCUUUCAGACAUAUUAAUCACAGAACACUUUUGCAUGCAGAGUGUAUGAUGGUGUAAUUAUACAGGAUCUAUUUCAUCCUUUUAGCUAAGGGGAUACUGAGACAGAACUCCUUCAGUUAAGGAGAUUCACUUGGAUACCUGUAUAUUUUCCCUGUACCCAGCUAGGGACCUGUUAGUAAAAGUGGAGGGUUUUACAUACUACUCUCACUCAUACUCUUUGGGGGUAGGGUGCUCAUUGUAAAAUGACUGCUCAUUAUUAUGGGUACAUCAGACUAUCCCUUAAUGUUCUGACUUUUUAGGUGGAGUCCAAUAAUUCUGAUGUUAGUAGUAGGAAUUUACCCCCCUCCCUAGCAUGAAUAUUUUGUUUUAAAAUGUCUCUGAUGAUGCCACAUUUCCUCUAGUGAAAACAGCUGCUCUUUUAGUAGAUCUAUGAUUGGACAGAAUAACCUGAUUAAAGCAGGAAGGAAGCAGAUUGUGUAGGGAAGGGGGAUAACAUCAUAUUACACUGCCAUGGAGCCAAUCAGAUGUAGCUUUUUUUACAACUGGUUAACCAAGAAAACAUGUUUUCAUAGAAAUAUUUGAGAAGGAUCAAACUGAGGUUUUUUCAGUACAACCAAGAGCAGCACAACAGUUACCAUUAACAGUAACAUGCUUGGGAACUGGAAAACUUAGGUGGUAUAUUGGGAAAAUGAAUAGUUUUAAUGGCAGUUUUAAUUUUGAUUCUGUGCACAUUUAUUCAGAAGUACAUACUAUUAAGCUUUAGGUUCACAUUUGAUGCAAAGCUUUGAGAAAAAAAUACGUGAGACUGUGCAAUCAUUGCACUUAAGCUCUUUUUGUUGCAUUUGUUGUCUUCUGUUCCACUUGUGCCAAUAUAUAUGGAAAAAAUCCUUUCAACACUAUUCAACAGAUUUCAAUAUUUUUAAAUAGAAGUAACAUGAGGCAAAUGUAGAAAAAUAUUUUAUACCAACAUGUGGUUGUGCUUUUUCAAAAUGGAUGUUUAUGUUAAUGAGUACAUUUGUAAAUUUAGUUUUGCUUGGGGAAGGGAUAUGCAUGGUUUAUUGUAAUGUGUAAUCUCCGUGCUUCAGGGAAUCUGCUGUUUGUAAUUAUUAUGAGUUUUGGAACAUGAGACAGAAUUUUCCCACAGCAUAAAAAUAACCAUUCAAUGUAAUAUAAAAGCUUUUCAGUAAAUACUAGAGAUAGUGCAUAACAAAAAUCAUGAAAUUCAAUCUGUUCAUAAUAAAAUUUUAUACUGAACUUCUGUAUCAAUGUCAAUUAGUCUUUCUUUGAUUUGUCCCAUGCUGUAAAGGGGAAUUGCAGUCAAAACAAAAUACCCAGGAAGCUAAUGAGAUUAGAAAUAAUUGAUACUCUUUCAGAAUCUCAACAUUAAUAGUACCAGACUGUUAAAAGCUAGGAGGGUAAAGAUACCUUCAAAUUAAACUCAGUUCCUGAUUCAUAUGGACACACUGGUAGCAUUUUUUUUUUGAAAAAGAUGGGAUAUUUUUAAAAUCAUAUGGACUUCCCUGGAGGACUCCGAAUACUAACCUGGCCUGAGUCUGCUUAGCUUCCAAGACUAGCCAAGGUCAGACAUUUGUUUCCACCGGCUGAGAUCAUGACAUUAUCCUCAUUUCUACAUCUGCAAGUUUUAGAAAUGCACAUACACAUAUUCAGAGCUUCAAUAAUUUAAUAACAAACGAAACUAGAGUGAAAAUCAGUCUUAUCCACACAGGCUGGAGUAAAGCUAUAGAACUGCA